UACAUGUGUCCGGGUCGCACUCGAAAAGCAAAUGUAGCAUUCGACGACGUAGUGUGACAGUCCUGAAAAACAAAUAUAUGUUCUGGAGACAGGGUAAUAACGGAUACGAUGAGGACAAACAUUCAACAUUUUAACAUGAGACCCAAGAUUAUUACAUGGGCGGUGGGAAUAAGGUCUCCGACUAAAAUCAAGUGCCAAUCAAACACGCCCACGAUUUCCGAUAGUGUAAUUUGACACAGUUGUCCAGGAACGAAGCAAAUCAAUGAAACGCAAGGACAAUGACGAGAAUAUUCUCCAAUGUGGUUGCAGAUAUUGACAGUGAACUGCAUGGGAAGUUUCCCUCAGAUUUUGAUUACCAUGCAAUGGUGAGGAGAGUCAGCGAGGACGCUGGUGUGAAGAUUCGGGAUGGCGGUGACAGUAAACACAUCUCUCUACAGGGCGUUUGGGUCGCUAUGGAGAGGGUUCAUAGCCUGCUUGCCACAGCAUUGGCAGUGUACGGAGCCAGAGUGGUCCCAAGGGAUACGACUUCUCCAUCACCCACACAAGAUUUUCCAAACUCUGCAAGUGUAGUUCUGAAAUCUGCAUCAUGUAUCGUCUCUGAAGACAGCUUUUCACAACAGGACACACUCAAUCCAGUGACCCAAAGUGAGAAAGACAUUCCUGUAUCAAGUCAUGAAAAGAUGGAAGUAAAAGGAGAAUCUAGCACGGGUGAGAUUAUCAUGAAACCUAAGUUUGGAAAACGUACAAAAAAGAGGAAACCAGUAAAAUCACUCACUUUACCAAAGUCGGAAUCAACUGUCACAAGUACCAUAAGAAGAGAACGUAAACAACAAUUGACACACAACAACGAUAACUGUAAACUUGAUGAAUCUGUACCGGAAAAUGAUGAAAGUAAGAACUUGGAAAGUAUGGAGGCAACUGAGCAAUCUGUCAAGAGGAAACGAGGACGUCCCAGAAAGCAUUCUCCUGGACUUUCAAGUCAAAGGAUAUUCACCAAGUUCAGAUCAAAAUUCAAUCACAGAAAAAAAUAUUCAAGAUUGAAGCGAACUAUACAUGAUGAUGGAAAGAAUUUGAGUAGAGGAAGGGGUCGACCUCGAAAGUUCCCAGAAGGAGAUCCAGAGGAAUUUCCAUGUCCUGAAUGUGAUUUUGUUGCCAAAACUCGGAACACACUUGGAGAUCACAGACAUAGAGUUCACCUUGCUAACCCGACUAAAUGUGAUAUAUGUCAUAAAGUCUUCCCUAAUCGUCGGUACAUGAAGCGUCACCGUGCAUCUCAUGUGGAGCCACAACACUGUUGUGAUGUUUGUGGGAAAAUGUAUAAAAUCCGAAAAGCUAUGCAGGAACAUAAGAAAACUCACGAGGAAGGAUAUUCCAGGCCGACAUUUCAGUGUGGUAUGUGUCCAAAGUCAUUCUGUAGUAAUUACAUUCUCUCAUGCCAUGUCAAAUCCGAACAUUUGGGUCAGAAGAAAAGCUUUCUGUGUUCAGUAUGUGGCAAGAGCUUUACAACUAAACAUUCACUCCAAGAGCAUUCAAAUGCUCACACUGGUGCUAAGCCUCACAUUUGUGAAGUGUGUGGUAAAGGAUUUUGUUAUGAAUCUGCGCUACGAGAUCAUAAAUAUGUUCAUAUUGGUGCUAAGCAAUUUAUCUGUGAAAUUUGUAGUAAAGGAUUCAGCCAACGAUCUGGAUUAAAAAUGCAUAUGAGAAUUCAUGAACAAAAAAAACAAUUUGUGUGUAGCGACUGUGGUCGUGAGUUCACACAAAAGCAAGCUCUUCAGAGACAUGAGAGGGUUCACAAGGGAGAUAAGCCAUUUAUAUGUAAGCUGUGUUCCAGGACGUUCAGUGAUGCAUCAAUCAUUCGUCGUCACAUGAUUUUGGUUCAUAAAAUCCACAAAGAUGCCAAAACAUGGAGAGAGGAUAUAAUAUGCAAAGUACAAGGGGCUCUGAAUUACCAUGUUGAGAAAAUAUCUGAAGUUGAGGAGAAGGUUGAUCAUCAAGAUUCAACAGCUUCAGCUGAGAUGGAUGUUCUAGCUGCAGCAGCUAAAGCCGUAGAAUUACCACUUGUUGAUGGCCCUGGUUCUCCUGAUGUGGGAAGACCUUCGAGCUCGGGGUACAGUGUGUACAAAUCAGAUGGAUAUGCUGAUGUUAGUGUGGUGAACCCUGGAUUACAGGAGGGUCAGGCUAUUGAUCAGUCAGGCCGUAGAGACAUCCAUCCAGCUUCGUCUUCCUCAUCUCCCUGGUACCCCUCUCUCAAACCUGAACUGAUCCAGCUGCAGAAACAGGACUUUACUCAAGACAAACAUGGUUCUAGCACCUACUUAGAAACACAACACACAGAGCAGCAUCAUUCCCAGACAGCCUACCUGGAUGCCCCAAGUCGACCACAGAGCCAGGAAGCUUUGCCGCUGAAAAGUCAAAACCAUGAAAUAUCUGUGGAAGGGCAGAUAGGUCGAACAGACAGUCCAGCACAUCCAUAUCUACCUAUCCCACAGGAUUCGAGAUUUGCCAUUAACCAUAACAACCGCUACACACACAGUGUACACGUUGACAGAGGUGCUCAGUAUGCAACAGAUUCCUGCCCAGAUGCCAGCAAUCACCAUGCACCGUUUGUGUCUGAUCCAGAGAAAAUCGACCACUCGAUCAACUACCCAGAAACAGCAGACAGAGGGGAUAGAGUAGCCCACUAUUCUACAGUGAACCGAGACAGAACAGACAGACAGGCUCAGUACUCCCAGGAGAGCACAGAUGGGUGUGAGCAACCCUCCCCCUACCCCCCAGACACUCCCCCCACUCGGACUGACCCAUCUACUCCUGGCAGCAGCAGUAACAACUUCCCUACCUCGCCCCAACCAUGGCCCUCCAUGUAUGCAUACUACUCCCAUCUGGCCAACCAGUUUGGGAUGACACUAAGUGACUAUGCCUACAUGGCAAAUCCAGGGAAUUCACAUCAGUAGUCAUCGUUAUAUGUCUUUACUCUCUGCAGUGUGCUAGGGCAGAAAUCCACAACUGGCUAGCACAUGGCUUGUCAGUGAUUGUCAGAUACGAGCACUUACCCUCUAGUCCCAAUUCAUAACCAUGAUAAAUGUAAUAGAGGAAUUCCACUGUUUGAUGCCCUUUUUUUAUUGAAGAUUAGAUGUUUUGAUUUGUGAAUUUGAUUUGUUUGACAAAACUCGCAGCAAUAUUCCAGCUAUAUGACGUCGGUCUGUAAGUAAUCAAGUCUGGACCAGACAAUUCAGUGAUUGACGUUAUGAGCAAUGAUCUAUGCAAGUAGGACAUGAUGACAUUCAUCAACUAAGUCAGCAAACCUGACCACUCAAUCUCAUUUUUCGCCUCUUACCCCAGGCAUGGGUUACUGAAGACCAAUUCUAAAUCGGAUGGUCACGGGCUUGUGAAUGUGUGAAUCUGAGACAUUGUAUGUUUCUAAUUGGGUAAUCAUUGACUGUUGAUAAACAUGUCAAAGUUGUAUUUGCAAGACUUGCCAAUGACUGCCAAUUUGGCUGAGCAUAGUCCUCCUUUAAGGUAGCCGUAAACUACAUGUAUGUUUCUUCACAUUGUCUGUAUUUUACACCAAAAGUAUGGUGUCACUUUUGUUGGGUAGUUCAUUCUCACAGAACACUGUGUCACAUCACUUUGUUAUAACUUUAACAUAGAUUUAUGACUGAUGUAGCAGUAUGUGAUUAAGUGUUAUAAACAAUAUCAGAAAACUUACUUCGACAUCUUCCAUUGAACUAAACAAAACAAUUAAGGGCCUGUUCAUGCAAGUUCGUGCCCAUCAGGACAAGUUCAUGCCCAUCAGGGCCAGUUCGUACCCAUCAGGGUAAGUUCGUGCCCAUCAGGGCAAGUUCGUGCCCACCAGGUCCAGUUCGUGCCCAUCAGGUCCAGUUUGUGCCCAUCAGGGCUAGUUGAUGCCCAUCAGGGCCAGUUCCUCCCCAUCAGGACAAGUUCGUGCCCAUCAGGGCCAGUUCCUGCCCACCAGGGCAAAUUGGUGCCCACCAGGGCAAAUUGGUGCCCACCAGGGUAAGUUUGUGCCUAUCAGGGCCAGUUCCUAGGGCUAGUGGGGCGGUCGGGUAGCCUAGUGGUCAAAGCGUUCGCUCGUCACGCCGAAGACCCGGGUUCGAUUCCCGACAUGGGU